UAAGAGGGUAACUAUCGUGCGAGCUUGUUCCGUAUCUUCCGUCCCGUGAGAGAGAAAAAUCGAGUUUUGCAGAAGAAUUCAGUUGUAAGCAGCUGAACCCAACCCAAGGCUUGACACUGAAACCUAUUCUUUUUCAAAAAAAAAUUUUAAGCCUUCGCUUUGGAUUACAAUUAGGGUUUAGAAGAUGCAGUUAAAGGAGGUAUGGGAUUGUGUCCGUUUCCAUUUUAUAUAAACGUUCCGAUACGGAUGCGCCGCUCAUUUCACAACCCUAAUUUCGCCAUGCAAUUCCAAUCCUCCAAUAUGUCUUCCGUUGGAUGCCGAUUCCGAUUCCGUUUUCGAUCGACAUUCGAUCCUUACUCAGCGGCUUCCGAAGCUUUUUCUGAACACCGUCUUUUCUCCUCCCUGCGUCUUCUUACUCUCUAAUAACCUAAAUAAUCACUCAAUUCCUCUCUUCUUCUUUUUUUUUGGUGAGAGGUUUUUCUUGUCUUUUUGGCGUCGAUAUGGAUUCUGAAACUGAUGAUGUUGGUGUUGUGGAGAAAGAUCCAACUUUGCGUUACGCACGUUAUGAUGAAAUGUUAGGGAAAGGAGCCUUCAAGACUGUAUAUAAAGCUUUUGAUGAAGUAGAUGGAAUAGAAGUUGCUUGGAACCAAAUUAGUAUAGACGAUGUUGUGCAGUCACCUCAAAAUUUGGAAAAGUUGUAUUCUGAGGUUCAUCUCCUCAAAUCGCUGAAACACGAAAAUAUCAUUAAGUUGUAUAGUUCUUGGGUGGAUGAAAAGAGCAGGACUAUCAACAUGAUAACUGAAUUGUUCACCUCUGGGAGUUUGAGGCAGUAUCGGAAGAAACAUAAGAAUGUGGAUAUGAAGGCUAUCAAGAACUGGGCGAGGCAGAUUCUUCGUGGCUUGUGCUUUCUGCACAGUCACAGUCCUCCUAUUAUUCAUAGGGAUCUAAAAUGUGAUAACAUUUUUGUUAAUGGGAACAAUGGGCAAGUUAAGGUUGGAGAUCUUGGAAUGGCAAUUGUCAUGCAGCAGCCUACUGCCAGGAGUGUUAUUGGUACUCCGGAAUUCAUGGCUCCUGAGCUUUAUGAGGAAGAAUAUAAUGAACUUGUUGACAUAUAUUCCUUUGGCAUGUGUAUUCUUGAAAUGAUCACCUGCGAGUACCCGUAUAGCGAAUGCAAAAAUCCGGCGCAGAUAUAUAAGAAAGUUACAUCUGGUAUAAAGCCUGCUGCUCUUGCUAAAGUGAAUGAUCCUGAAGUGAAGCAAUUUAUAGAGAAAUGUUUAGUUCCAGCAUCUAUGAGAUUGCCUGCAUCUGAACUUCUCAAAGACCCAUUCCUUGCAACUGGAAACACAAAGGAGAUCUAUCGUGAUACCCUGCUGCUGCCUAAUCUGCCCACUAAAUCAAUUAAUCUACCAACUUUUGAAGCACAUCCUAUGGAGAUAGAUUCAAACUCCAGGCAUACAUCACCUGGCUCCUCUGUGGAAAGAGUUAAAGAAACUUCUCAAGUUUCAAUUCUCGACCUCCUAAGGAAGACAGAGAACAAUGAAUUUAGGUUAAGAGGGGAGAAAAAUGCUGAAAGUACAAUCUCACUUACACUCCGAAUUGCCGAUGCUCAUGGUGGAGCAAGGAAUAUCCAUUUUCCAUUCUACAUCAAUUCUGACACGCCAAUUUCAAUUGCUGAGGAGAUGGUGGAACAUCUGGAACUCAAGGAUGCGGAUGUAGCUGUCAUUGCUGAGCUAAUACACAACAUGAUUUUUGAGCUUGUGCCUAACUGGAAACCCGUAUGUCAGAACCUCUCAUCUGGAACAGAUAAUUUGUACAGGCAUUCGGAAGCUCAGAAUGGUGAACAGUUAAACUGCCAUUGGACAUUGGGAUCAAGUAAUUUUGAUGCGAAGACAAUUUCUGAGGAUUUAGGUCACUCACAGCUUGAUGGGGAAGAUCAAGACAAACAAGAAUCUAUUUCAUCAGAUAUUUCUGCCGAGUAUGAGAUUGCAAUUGCCACGAAUUCUAAAGGUGUAGAGCCUGAUUGUUUUAUUCUUCAUGAAUGUUGCAAGGGAUCCAAUGGCUUAAAUUCGAAUUCAGAUGUCCGGAUUUGUGAUCAAGAAGAUGGAAACAAUAAUCAAUCAUAUAACUUCGCAGGCUCUUUAAUUGAUUCAUGUUGCAGUCCAUCCAUGAACCUUGAGAUGUCCAGCAAAUGUUCUCUUACUCCACGUGACAAAGAUCAUUUAAACGAGCUACAUUUGGAGCUUGAAGCAAUUGAAACCCAGUAUCAACAAUGUUUUCGUGAGCUUGAGAAGAUGAAGGAGGAAGCCAUAGAAAAUGUCAAAAAGAGAUGGAUGACAAAGAAAAAAAUAUCAGUUAUGUGAUGCGGCAUUAGGACGAUUUUCUUGAUAUUUUAGUUUGAUUUCAUUUGUUGAUUUUUUUUUGGUUUACAUUAAUUGUUUUCUGGCUGCUGCUUUGCAAUUCUCCAGAUGGUAUUUUUUGGUUGAAAUUGGCUUGUGAUUUUCAUAAAUAUUAUUUUUUUAUGGAUGGUGACGAAUAUUUUUUUUCUUGAUUCAUCUGAGUAUUUUGUCAAAUGUAUUUUUUAUUGUAAGAAUAUUUUUGGGGUUUGCUCAUUAUCCAAGCAAAUCAUUGGGAUGUCAGUUUGUUGCC